AUGGCCCCCAACCAGCGCAUUGUCGUCUCUGGCGGCGGUCGCCCUCAGAAGGGCUUCGUCGGCAGCCUCUACGAUGAAAUCACCUCGUCCGAGAACGCCACCAUUGUUAGAAGCCUCCUGGUCUUUGGUGCCGGUGUCGCUUUCUUCCACAGCAGCCUCGGCGAGCUGCUCGUCCCUCCGUAA